GCCGCGAGGACCCCCGCUGGAAUUAUUAAAGUCGGGGAAAUGUGACCGCGACGGAGCAGCAGCCGCGGCAGAGUUGGCCGCCGGAGAGGAGCGAGCGAGAAGCAGCAGAACAAAGAGCGCGGCAGCAGCAGCAGGAGGACGCUGCCGCCUGGCCGACACCCUCCUGCUGCUCCGCUCCAAGUAGCGGGUUUAUUCCGAAGUGAAAUCGCGGCGGGGGAGCUCUCGGGAGCCUCCGGAUCCUUCCGGGGAAAGAAGAAGAGCCAGAGCGAGCCGGAGGGGAGCAGAGGAGGAAGAGGAGGCAGGCGGACAAAAGGAGGCAGCCGCCGCCGAGGAGGAAGAGGGGGCACGCGCUGCAGGGCGGGGGGGCCCAGCCGAGAGCCCGCCGCCGCCGCGCUGGAGGAGAUGGGGAAAUGAACCGCCCGCCAGACCCCGGCCCAAGCAGCGUUGCGGCCCCGCGGAAGUACUAACCAGACGCUCGAUGUCCGUUUAACACCCCUCCCGUUGCCUAACUGCCUGCCUCCGUCAGUAUUAACCAAUGUCAACAAUUAGGGAGCAACCAAUCUUCAGUACAAGGGCCCACAUCUUCCAGAUUGAUCCAGCCACUAAGAGGAACUGGAUCCCAGCAAGCAAGCAUGCUCUGACAGUCUCUUACUUCUAUGAUGCUACCCGCAACGUCUACCGUAUUAUCAGUGUGGGAGGCACCAAGGCCAUCAUCAACAGCACCAUCACCCCCAACAUGACCUUCACCAAGACCUCACAGAAAUUCGGCCAGUGGGCCGACAGCAGGGCCAAUACCGUCUACGGGCUGGGAUUUGCCUCUGAGCAGCACCUCUCCCAGUUUGCGGAGAAGUUCCAGGAGGUGAAGGAGGCGGCCCGUCUGGCCCGGGAGAAAUCGCAAGACAAGACCGAGCUGACCAGCCCCGCUCUGAGUCUGACUUCUCACCAGAUCCUGCCCAGCCCCGUCAUCAGCUCCAAUGGCCCCGGGGACGACAAGCUCUUCCGCAGCCAGAGUGCCGACAUGGAGACGACGACGGAGCGGGAACGGAUCAAGAAGAUGCUCUCAGAAGGGUCUGUGUGCGAAGUCCAGUGGGAAGCUGAGUUUUUCACCCUGCAAGACGACAACAAGAAGUUGAUGGUCGCCCUCCACGAAGCCAACACCAACGUGGAGCAGUGGAAGAAGCAGCUGGCGGCCUAUCGGGAGGAGACGGAGGUGCUUCGGAUGCGGGUAGCAGAGCUGGAAGCCGAGAGACGCCACGAUCCCUCCGGCGACAUCAAGGAGGAAGCGAGCCCGGCUCUGGAAGAGUUGGAGCAGCUGGUGAAGGCCAAAGAUGAGGAGUUGCAGCAACUCAGAAGCCAGAAAGGGGGACGCUGGGAGACCGACGAGGAGAGCAAGGAGACCCUUCACAAGGUGCAGGAUUUGGAGAGGCAGAACACGGAGCUGGAGCGGCGCCUUCGCCUGGCCGAGCAGACGCUGUCGGAGACCCUCUCCCAGCGGGAGCAGAUGCACCGCGAAGUGACCAAGGUGGCAGAGAUCAUGGACAUGAAGAUCUUUGAGCUGAGCGAACUCCGGCAGGACUUGGCGAAGCUGGUGGAGAGCAACUGAGCCUGGGGAGAGAGCCGGGUCCAAGGAGGCGGCAGACGGGGGCGCUCGCCCCACCUUAAAGGCCGGCCGGGCAGCUGGCGGGGUUCACGUGGACGUCGCCUCCUUCUGCCUGCAGGGACGAGCAGGACAUGAGGUGGCCGACCGGAUUGGCCUGGAGUCUCCCGGAAUCGGCACGCCCCGUCUCCAGGUGACCCUGGAAUGCGCAGCAGCCCUGGAGAUGUUCACACCAUGACUGCGUGCAGAAUACCGGGGGACACUUUGGAGAAGAAGGAAGCACCCCUGGCAUCGCUCUGGUCGGAGGGCAUCCCUGACAGGACGGCUCCUUCAGUUCCGUCUCCGCGGCCCCGAGUUCCUUGGGCGGGGGGGAGAGGGGGCCUUCCAUUUCUACAAACGCUGCCGCUUUUUUCUAGCCCGAGGCAUUGCCGGGUUUUUCUUCCCCUCCUCGGAGAGGUUUUUUGGUAGCGACGUCUUCCCCUCCUUCCUGGAACCGGCGGCUGAGUCAAAACCCCAACUCCUACCCUCUUUCCUGGAACCCUCUUGCUGCGUCUUUGUCAGCGCGGUGGCUUUUUAUAGAUUCCCGGAGACUUUCCAGGCUCAAGCCAGAGGGGACCUUGAGUCUCUUUCAGGAAGAAAAUGGGGCUCUUUCUUCCCUCCCCCGUG